AUGAACCAAUUCCAUACAGAAGUCAACUGCAAGAGAAGAUCGAGCCUGGACAGACGCUCAUCAUCAAGGGAUCGACAAUCGAAGAGAGCCAACGGUCCGGGUUUUUUUUCAAUUCACGGUGAGUCUGCACUGCAAGACGGCAGACUUCAGUGGAAACGAUGUGCCGCUGCACGUGUCGUUCCGCUUCGACGAAGGAAAGGUAUGGAGGAGAUAUAUCUGGAUGUGGUAUUUUUAGGGUGUUCAGUGGGAUAUUUUUGGGGAUUCCGUGGUAAAUUUUGGGUGGUGAUGAACACGUUCUCGAACGGUGAAUGGGGCAAAGAGGAACGGAAGGCGAUUCCGUACAAGAAGGGAGAGAAAUUCGACUUGCGCAUUCGGGCGCAUGAUGACAGAUUCCAG